CCAAUUUGGGCGAAUUUAUUAUGGGUCCAUUUUUGCCAGAUUCUAAAGGGGUACCAUCACAGAAGUCGGCGAUUUUUCGGAAAUGCCAUUUUCUUUCGAUUCUGGAGGCUGCUGAUUAUGGAAUUAGGCUGAGCCUAUUCUCCACCGAUAAUGAAGUCUAUUGAUCCUUUUCUCCACGGAUGAUAAGUCCAAUAAGCAUUGAUUUGAGCCAAUCAUUUUCUUAUGGCAUUUUCGUAAUUUUUUGGGCGACGAAAGGGCAUUUUCUUCGGAUUUUGAGGGCUACAGAUCACGGAUUCGGCCUGAGGCUAUUCUUCAACGAUGAUUAAGUCCAUUAAGCGACGAUUUGGGCGAAUUUAUUCCGGGACCAUUUUUUCCAGAUUCGAAAGGGGUACCAUCACAGAUUUCGGGUGAUUUAUCCGAAAUGCCAUUUUCUUUUGAUUCUAGAGGCUGCAGAUCACGGAAUCAGGCCGAAACUAUUCUCUACCGAUAAUGAAGUCUUUUGAUCCUAUUAUCCACGGAUGAUAAGUCCAUUAAGCACCGAUUUGGGACAAUUUAUUUUCGGAUGGCAUUUUCGUAAUUUUUUGGGCCACGAAAGACCUUUUUCUUUGGAUUUUUAAGACUCCAAAUCACGCAUUCGGCAUGAGGCUAUUCUUCAACGAUGAUUAAGUCCUUUAAGCCCCGAUUUGGGCGAAUUUAUUGUGGGACCAUUUUUGGCAGAUUCCAAAGGGGUAUCAUCACAGAUUUCGGCGAUUUUUCGGAAAUGCCAUUUUCUUUCGAUUCUGGAGGCUGCAGAUCACAGAAUCAGGCCAAGCCUUUUCUCCACCGAUAAUGAAGUCUAUUGAUCCUAUUUUCCACGGAUGAUAAGUCUAAUAAGCACCGAUUGGGGCCAAUUUAUUUUCGGAUGGCAUUUUCGUAAUUUUUUGGGCGACGAAAGGCCAUUUUAUUUGGAUUUUGAAGGCUACAGAUCACGGAUUCGUCCUAAGGCUAUUUUUCAACGAUGAUUAAGUCCAUUAAGCGCCGAUUUGGCCGAAUUUAUUGCGGGACCAUUUUUCCAGAUUCCAAAGGGGUACCAUCACAGAUUUCGGUCGAUUUAUCCGAAAUGACAUUUUCUUUUGAUUCUAGAGGCUGCAGAUCACGGAAUAAGGCCGAGCCUAUUCUCGAUUGAUAAUGAAGUCUAUUGAUCCUAUUCUCCACGGAUAAUAGGUCCAUUAAGCAGAGAUUUGGGCCAAUUUAUUUUUGGAUGGCAUUUACGUAAUUUUAUUGGUGACGAAAGUCCUUUUUUCUGAUUUUUAAGAGUACAGGUCACGGAUUCACCCAGAGGCUAUUCUUUAAUGAUGAUUAAGUCCAUUAAGCGCCGAAUUGUGUGAAUUUAUUCCAGGUCAAUUUUUGCGAGAUUCCAAAGGGUACCAUCACAGAUAUCGGCGAUUUUUUCGAAAUGCCUUUUUCUUUCGAUUCUGGAGACUGCAGAUCACGGAAUCAGGCCUAGCCUUUUCUCCACCGAUAAUGAAGUCUAUUGAUCCUAUUCUGCACGAAUGAUAAGUCCAAUAAGCACCGAUUUGGGACAAUUUAUUUUCGGAUGGCAUUUUCGUAAUUUUUUGGGCGACGAAAGGCCAUUUUCUUUGAAUUUUGAAGGCUACACAUCACGGAUUCGACCUGAGGUUAUUCUUCAACGAUGAUUAAGUCCAUUAAGCGCCGAUUUGGGCAAAUUUAUUCCGGUUCCAUUUUUGCCAGAUUCAAAAGUGGUACCAUCACAGAUUACGACGAUUUAUCUGAAAUUCCAUUUUCAGUUGAUUCUGGAGGCUGCACAUCACGGAAUUCAGGCCGAGCCUAUUCUCCACCGAUAAUGAAGUCUAUUGAUCCUAUUCUCCACGGAUGAUAGGUCUAUUAAGCGCCGAUUGGGACAAUUUAUUUUCGGAUGGCAUUUUCGUAAUUUUUUGGGCGACGAAAGGCCUUUUCUUUUGAUUUUGAUGGCUACAGAUCACGGAUUCGGCCUGAGGCUAUUCUUCAGCGAUGAUUAAGUCCAUUAAGCGCCAAUUUGAGCGAAUUUAUUAUGCGUCCAUUUUUGUUGGAUUCCAAAGGGGUACCAUCACAGAUUUCGGCGAUUUUUCGAAAAUACCAUUUUCUUUCGAUUCUGGAGGCUGCAGAUUAUGGAAUCAGGCCGAGCCUAUUCUCCACCAAAAAUGAAGUCUAUCGAUCCUUUUCUCCAUGGAUGAUAAGUCCAAUAAGCACCGAUUUGAGCCAAUCAUUUUCUGAUGGCAUUUUCGUAAUUUUUUGGGCGACGAAAGGCCAUUUUCUACUGAUUUUGAGGGCUACAGAUCACGGAUUCGCCCUGAGGCUAUUCUUCAACGAUGAUUAAGUCCAUUAAGCGCCGAUUUGGGCAAAUUUAUUCCGGUUCCAUUUUUGCCAGAUUCAAAAGUGGUACCAUCACAGAUUACGACGAUUUAUCUGAAAUUCCAUUUUCAGUAGAUUCUGGAGGCUGCACAUCACGGAAUUCAGGCCGAGCCUAUUCUCCACCGAUAAUGAAGUCUAUUGAUCCUAUUCUCCACGGAUGAUAGGUCUAUUAAGCGCCGAUUGGGACAAUUUAUUUUCGGAUGGCAUUUUCGUAAUUUUUUGGGCGACGAAAGGCCUUUUCUUUUGAUUUUGAUGGCUACAGAUCACGGAUUCGGCCUGAGGCUAUUCUUCAGCGAUGAUUAAGUCCAUUAAGCGCCAAUUUGAGCGAAUUUAUUAUGCGUCCAUUUUUGUUGGAUUCCAAAGGGGUACCAUCACAGAUUUCGGCGAUUUUUCGGAAAUACCAUUUUCUUUCGAUUCUGGAGGCUGCAGAUUAUGGAAUCAGGCCGAGCCUAUUCUCCACCAAUAAUGAAGUCUAUCGAUCCUUUUCUCCAUGGAUGAUAAGUCCAAUAAGCACCGAUUUGAGCCAAUCAUUUUCUGAUGGCAUUUUCGUAAUUUUUUGGGCGACGAAAGGCCAUUUUCUACUGAUUUUGAGGGCUACAGAUCACGGAUUCGCCCUGAGGCUAUUCUUCAACGAUGAUUAAGUCCAUUAAUCGCCGAUUUGGGAAAAUUUAUUCUGGGUCCAUUUUUGCCAGAUUCCAAAGGGGUACCAUCACAGAUUUUGGUGAUUUUUCCAAAAUGCCAUUUUCUUUCGAUUUUGGAGGCUGCAGAUCACGAAAUCAGGCCGAGCCUAUUCUCCACAGAUAAUGAAGUCUAUUGAUCCUAUUCUCCACGGAUGAUAAGUCCAUUAAGCACCGAUUGGGGCCAAUUUAUUUUCGGAUGGCAUUUUCGUAAUUUUUUGGGCGACGAAAGACCUUUUUCUUUGGAUUUUUAAGACUACAAAUCACGGAUUCGGCAUGAGGCUAUUCUUCAACGCUGAUUACGUCAUUUAAGCGCCGAUUUGGGCGAAUUUAUUCUGGGACCAUAUUUGGCAGAUUACAAAGGGCUACCAUCACAGAUUUCGGGCGAUUUAUCCGAAAUGUCAUUUUCUUUCGAUUCUAGAGGCUGCAGAUCACGGAAUCAGGCCGAGCCGAUUCUCCACCGAUAAUGAAGUCUAUUGAUCCUAUUCUCCACGUAUGAUAAGUCUAAUAAGCACCGAUUUGUGGCAAUUUAUUAUCGGAUUGCAUUUUCGUAAUUUUUUGGGCAACGAAAGGCCUUUUUCUUUGGAUUUUGAACGCUACAGAUCAUGGAUUCAGCCUGAGGCUAUUCUUCAACGAUGAUUAAGUCCAUUAAGAGACGAUUUGGGCGAAUUUAUUCCGGGACCAUUUUUUCCAUAUUCCAAAGGGGUACCAUCACAGAUUUCGGGUGAUUUAUCCGAAAUGCCAUUUUCUUUUGAUUCUAGAGGCUGCAGAUCAUGGAAUCAGGCCGAGCCUAUUCUCUACCGAUAAUGAAGUCUAUUGAUCCAAUUCUCCACAAAUGAUAAGUCCAAUAAGCACCGAUUUAGGCGAAUUUAUAUUCGGAUAGCAUUUUCGUAAUUUUUUGGGCGACGAAAGGCCAUUUUCUUCGGAUUGUGAAGGCUACAGAUCACUGAUUCGGCCUGAGGCUAUUCUUCAACGAUGAUUAAGUCCAUUAAGCGCCGAUUUGGGCAAAUUUAAUCUAGGUCCAUUUUCGCCAGAUUCCAAAGGGGUACCAUCACAGAUUUUGGCGAUUUUUCCAAAAUGCCGUUUUCUUUCGAUUCUGGAGGCUGCAGAUCACGGAAUCAUGCCGAGCCUAUUCUCCACCGAUAAUGAAGUCUAUUGAUCCUAUUCUCCACGGAUGAUAAGUCUAUUAAGCACCGAUUGGGGCCAAUUUAUUUUCGGAUGGCAUUUUCAUAAUAUUUUGGGCGACGAAAGUCCUUUUUCUUUGGAUUUUUAAGACUACAAAUCACGGAUUCGGCAUGAGGCUAUUCUUCAACGAUGAUUAAGUCCUUUAAGCGCCGAUUUGGGCGAAUUUAUUCUGGGACCAUUUUUGGCAGAUUCCAAAGGGGUACCAUCACAGAUUUCGGGCGAUUUAUUCGAAAUGUCAUUUUCUUUCGAUUCUGGAGGCUACAUAUCAUUGAAUCAGGCCGAGCCUAUUCUCCACCGAUAAUGAAGUCUAUUGAUCCUAUUCUUCACGGAUGAUAAGUCCAUUAAGCAGCAAUUUGGGCCAAUUUAUUUUCGGAUGGCAUUUUCGUAAUUUUUUGGGCGACGAAAGGCCAUUUUCUUUGGAUUUUGAAGGCUACAGAUCACAGACUCGGCCUGAGGCUAUUCUUCAACGAUGAUUAAGUCCAUUAAGAGCCGAUUUGGGCGAAUUUAUUCCAGGUCAAUUUUUGCGAGAUUCCAAAGGGUACCAUCACAGAUAUCGGCGAUUUUUCUGAAAUGCCAUUUUCUUUCGAUUCUGGAGACUGCAGAUCACGGAAUCAGGCCUAGCCUUUUCUCCUCCGAUAAUGAAGUCUAUUGAUCCUAUUCUCCACGGAUGAUAAGUCCAAUAAGCACCGAUUUUGGCCAAUUUAUUUUCGGAUGGCAUUUUCGUAAUUUUAUGGGUGACGAAAGGCCUUUUUUUUGGAUUUUUAAGACUACAGAUCACAGAUUCACCCUGAGGCUAUUCUUCAACGAUGAUUAAGUCCAUUAAGCACCGAUUUGGGUGAAUUUAUUCCAGGUCAAUUUUUGCGAGAAUCCAAAGGGUACCAUCACAGAUAUCGGCGAUUUUUCUGAAAUGCCAUUUUCUUUCGAUCCUGGAGACUGCAGAUCACGGAAUCAGGCCUAGCCUUUUCUCCACCGAUAAUGAAGUCUAUUGAUCCUA